CAACCCUUUGUUGAUGGACCGGGGUGGUGGUGAAGACGCGCCGCUAGAGGCGAAGAGGGAGCCUAAGCCGGAUGAAGAUCAUAAUAAUAAUAAUAAUAAGAAGAAGAAGAAAGAAGUGCCGGUGACAUGGGUUAGCGGGAAGAAAGGUUCCGGUGGUGGCAUGCGGUGUUGUCAAGCUGAGAAGUGCAAGGCGGAUCUUGAGGAGGCAAGGCAGUACCAUAGGAGGCACAGGGUGUGUGAGUACCAUGCCAAGGCUCAGGUGGUUCUUGUUUCCGGCAUUAGACAACGCUUCUGUCAGCAAUGUAGCAGGUUCCAUGAGAUAGGUGAAUUUGAUGACACAAAAAGAAGUUGCCGGAGGCGUUUGGCCGGACACAACCAACGGCGAAGAAAGAACUGUGAUUCUCAAGCAGAAGGGUCGAGGCGCAAAGGGAUAUGUCCUCAGUUGAAGAAGGACACUGCCUGUGGAGAUGAUAGGAGCAGAAUUCAGAUUGCAAUCCAAGAGAGUGGAGCUUAUAAACAUUUCCAGAUAAGAUGAAAAGUGAAACUUCUUUCGUUUAAGCAUAAUUGCUCCCUCUCUUCUGUCAUCUUCGGAAACUUAUUAAACUGUUCCUAUGUCACAUUAGUGG